AUGGAGAUUAUGAGGAACUCUCAGUCUCUGCACAUGUUCCUUGUCCCCAUUGUUUUUUUUUUACUUUCACUUCUCCUUGGCCCUGCAACUGCCAGCUCAGGGUCUGACUAUGACUAUGGAGCCCACCCACGCUUUGUUUGCACCCCUAUUCCAGUGGAUGCAGACCCUGCCUGCUUCCCUACAGGGGGUCCAGGCGUAGGGGCAGCAGGGCCCAGCGGGCCAGGCCAUCAAAGUGCACCUCCUGCUGGCUGGUGGGGGGCGAGCGAGGAGGCCAAAGCCACCAUCCUCCACCUCAGGGAGAGCCUCGUCCAGCAGAAAGAGACCAUCCUAGACCAGAGAGAGACCAUUAGAGAGCUGACGGCCAAGCUCACCCUGUGCGAGGGCCUCGGACGCGGCGUGGCGCCUCACGAGGAGUUCCAUGGCACAGCCUCAGACCCACAUCACGCGGGAGCGGCCGGCCAUCACACGUACACUGACAACGGGCACUAUAGCAACCAGCAGGGUCACCAUGGAAACCUCAUACCAGAUUCACCGCACUACACCUCUGUGGGGGGGCAACAUGCUGGUGGGGGGCACGGCAACAACCACCAGGGGAAGGAUAAACAUGUGACACCGGGGGACAUCACAUCAUCACCGGAGCAGAUGGAGAGGAUGCUGCAGGCGCUGAAGGAGAGGCUGGACAGUCUGCAGAAGAGGAACACAUCCAUCACCUACUCCAGCUCUCUGAAGGAGCUGCUUCAGAGGAAGAUCAGCACUCUGGAGCUGCAGCUGCACCAUCGCACCUCCUCCCUCAGCGGCUCGGACCACCACGAAGAAGACAGCAGCCACAGAGACAACGGAGGCCAUCAUGAUGACGAUCACCAUGGUGACCAUCACCAUGACGAUGGACAUCCAAAUGACCACAAGGACAACCACAGCGACGGUGGUCACAGUGACAACAGGAACCAUACUGACCAUCACGAUGAAAGCCACAGUGAUGACCACUAUGAUGCAGACACAGACCAUGAUGACGGCCACCAUGAUGAUGAUGAAGAUGAUGAUGAUGAUGAUGACCACCACAGUAAUGAAGCAGAGAGUCACGGUUACCUCUCACACACAGGAUACAGAGAACCAGGGCCACGGACUGGUUUCCACGCCAAUAAACUGGAAGCAAUGCUCAACCAGCUGCACAUCACAGGUCCCAGCAGGAGAAAGUUUAAGACUCCGGAUGCCUUCCAGAUCAGCUUCCCCAUGAGAACCAACUACAUGUACGGGCAGGUGAAGAAGACGCUGAUGCAAGAGAUCUUCGCUCUGACUUUAUGUCUUUGGAUCAAGGCGGGCGUGGGGCCCGGCCUAGGGACACCAUUUUCUUACUCAGCACCCGGACAGGCCAAUGAACUGGUGCUCAUCGAGUUGGAGAACAACCCAAUGGAACUGCUGAUCGAUGACAAGGCUAUAACGCUCCCUCUGUCCCUUGAUGAUGGAAAGUGGCACCACAUGUGUGUGACUUGGUCAACACGAGAUGGACAGUGGGAGGCCUACCAGGAUGGAGUGCAGAGGGGGUCUGGGAUAAAUCUUUCCCCCUGGCACCCUAUCAAACCUGGAGGGGUCUUCAUCCUGGGACAGGAACAGGACACUCUGGGAGGCCGUUUUGAUGCCACUCAGUCGUUUGUGGGUGAGAUGUCAGACGUGCACAUGUGGUCACAUGUCCUGACUGCCAGUGACAUCUACAGCCUGGCCUCCUGCGGCAGCCACCUCAGAGGAGAUGUCAUCGCUUGGUCCGAGACAGAGGUGGAUCUUCAUGGAGGCGUUGCCAAAUACCCCUUUGACCCCUGUCACUAG